CGUAGAAGUUAGAACGUUGCGCGUGGGCCUGUUUUUAAAGUCCAAUAUCGAUAAAAGAAAGUCCCGUGUCAGGCUUGUGAUUUUUAUUUUAUAUUAUUUUCUGAUGUUUAUCACACUUCACAGUCACACCAAUAAAAUCCGUUUUCUCCGUCGAACUCUCUGCUUUUUCUUCGCAGCUGUCGAUCAGCCUCCGUUUUUUUCUUCUUCAUUUGACAAGAAGGUUGAAAAACGCUAGCUGAUUUUUUUUGAAGAGAAAUACAAUUGAAGGGUUAGGCUUUGGCUCUUCUUUGAAGCCAUGACGACGUCAUUCGGAACUGCGACGAGUACCGUGAUACCAAACGAUCCAAAGAUUGGAGUUCAGAGCUUUACGGGGUUGAAAUCUUCGCAUUCUAUAGCCUUGAAGAGGAAUCUUCGCAUGUUUACCGUUACCUUCUCCAGUCCUUCUCUCAUUAGAGCUGUCUCAACGCCCGUGAAGCCUGAAACUACUAAGACAGAGCCAAAGCGAAGUAAAGUUGAAAUAUUCAAAGAACAAAGCCAUUUCAUUAGAUACCCUCUUAAUGAGGAGAUACUGACCGAUACACCCAAUAUAAACGAGGCUGCAACACAAUUAAUUAAGUUCCAUGGGAGUUAUCAACAGUAUAACAGAGAUGAGCGAGGUACAAGGUCUUAUUCCUUCAUGCUUCGUACUAAAAACCCUGGUGGCAAAGUGUCAAACCAACUCUACUUGACAAUGGAUGAUCUUGCCGAUCAAUUUGGUAUUGGGACGCUUCGUUUGACCACAAGGCAAACGUUUCAGCUCCACGGUGUUUUGAAGAAGAACCUCAAGACCGUAAUGAGCACUAUUAUUAAAAACAUGGGUUCGACACUUGGUGCAUGUGGGGAUCUCAAUAGGAAUGUGCUUGCCCCUGCUGCUCCUCUCAUGACAAAAGAGAACCUGUUUGCACAGGAAACUGCUGAUAACAUUGCUGCACUGUUAACUCCUCGGUCUGGUUUUUACUAUGAUGUAUGGGUUGAUGGGGAGAGAUUCAUGACAUCGGAACCUCCAGAAGUUGUGAAAGCCAGGAAUGAUAAUUCUUAUGGCACGAAUUUCCCUGAUUCGCCUGAGCCUAUAUAUGGGACUCAGUUCUUGCCCAGGAAGUUUAAAAUUGCAGUGACUGUGCCAACUGAUAACUCGGUGGAUAUUCUCACAAAUGAUAUCGGUGUUGUGGUAGUUUCUGAUGAAAACGGGGAGCCUCAGGGAUUUAACAUAUAUGUUGGUGGCGGCAUGGGAAGAACCCAUAGGCUGGAGACCACUUUCCCACGCUUGGGAGAACCACUAGGCUAUGUGCCAAAAGAGGACAUCUUGUACGCUAUUAAAGCCAUUGUUGCUACACAACGAGAUCAUGGCAGAAGAGAUGACCGUAAAUAUAGUAGAAUGAAAUAUUUGAUCAGCUCUUGGGGGAUUGAAAAGUUUAGAAGUGUUGUUGAGCAAUUUUAUGGAAAGAAAUUUGAGCCUUUCUAUGAUUUGCCUGAGUGGGAAUUUAAGAGUUACUUGGGAUGGCAUGAGCAGGGUGAUGGUGCUUUAUUUUGUGGGCUCCAUGUAGAUAAUGGUCGCAUUGGAGGAAUAAUGAAAAAGACACUAAGGGAAGUAAUAGAGAAGUAUAAUUUAAAUGUGCGAAUCACCCCAAACCAAAACAUUGUUUUGUGUGACAUUCGUAGUGCAUGGAGGCGUCCCAUUACCACAGUUCUUGCUCAGGCUGGUCUACUGCAUCCUAGAUAUGUGGACUCCCUGAACUUAACUGCUAUGGCUUGCCCAGCUUUCCCACUUUGCCCACUGGCAAUAACUGAAGCUGAACGCGGCAUACCCAAUAUCCUCAAGCGAGUCAGAGCUGUCUUUGAGAAGGUCGGUCUCAAGUACAAUGAGUCUGUAGUGAUAAGGAUAACUGGCUGCCCUAAUGGUUGUGCUAGACCAUACAUGGCUGAGCUUGGACUGGUUGGUGAUGGUCCCAACAGCUAUCAGAUUUGGCUUGGAGGAACACCCAAUCAAACCCGAUUAGCAAGAAGUUUUAUGAAUAAAGUCAAAGUUCAGGAUCUUGAAAAAGUUUUUGAACCUUUGUUCUACUGCUGGAAAAGAAAAAGACAACCUAAAGAAUCAUUUGGCGACUUCACAACCCGCAUGGGAUUUGAAAAGCUUCAAGAGUUGGUGGACAAGUGGGAAGGUCCAGUGCAAACAUCAGCAAAGUGUAACCUAAAGUUUUUUGCGGAUAAAGGGACAUAUGAAGCCAUGGAUGAGCUUGCAAAGCUGGAAAACAAGAGUGCUCAUCAGCUGGCAAUAGAAGUCAUUCGCAAUUUUGUUGCUGCUCAGCAAAACGGUAGAAGUGAAUGAGUCCUUUGAGAUACUGCUGCUGCUGCAUUAUCCACCGACCAAAUUACUGGUAUCUCUUUCGGUAACACGUUUGGAAACAUCCGGAAUGGAUGAACUAUGGGUUUUUUGAAAUCAUUUUCUAUUCAAGUUUUAA